AUGUCUUCAUCAACUAUUUUUCUGCAUGAUUUUCUUGCUUCUAAUGAUGGCUCUCAAGGACCAUUUGAAUUGUCUAAUGUUCCUUCUCAACGAUUGAACUUUCGACGUGAACGAAGUCCUUCAUUUGAUGAUAAUGAACAAGUUUUCAAAUUAACACGUACCGAUUAUCAAUCAAAUCCGAUAUCAGAUCCUCCAUUUCCUCGUCGACGUGUAGCAAAAAAGACAACAAUUAGUAAAGGAUCUUCAUCAAAUAUUAUUAAUCGAAAUCCAUUAGUUCAUCAACGUACACGUACUUCAACAAAUGAUGAAACUUUUAAUGAACUUGAUCAUUAUGCAUCAUCACGACAACAAUCUCAAUCAAUAAUACUAAUAAAUAAUAAUGAAGAAAUUGGUCUUAGUCGAAUUCCCGAUCGACCAUUAUUACCAACAUUUAGUGAUAAAGUUCAACAUGAGCUUGUCAUGGGUAAUCCUGAGCCAGUUAUGAAUGAAUUAAUUCGAGAAGCAGCUGAUUUUUAUAUGAAUGUUUAUCCACAAUUAACUCAUGGUGUAGAAUAUAAAAAAAUUGGUAUUGCACUUAUUACAGAAUAUCCAUGUUUAGCAUGUGAAGAUACAAUUAAUCCUCAUGGUUUAAUUACAUCUCGAUUAUCAGCACGUAUUCGAAAUGUUCGUCGAAAGAUGCGUACACGUGAACAAAAAUGUCAAAUACGAGGAACAAUUUAUUAG